AUGUUCGGGACAUUCGUCACCUUUAGACAACUUUUAGGGAACGUUGCGCAAGGUUGUGCUGCUCUGGCAUCAGCUCUGAGUUCAAACCUUUCACACCUGAGAGAGCUUGAUCUGAGUAACAAUCAUCUGCAGGAUUCUGGAGGGAAACUGCUCGCUGCUGGACUGAAGAGUCCAAACUGUCAACUCAACAUACUGAGAUUAUCUGACUGUUUGGUGAAAGAGGAAGGUUGUGCUGCUCUGGCAUCAGCUCUGAGUUCAAACCUUUCACACCUGAGAGAGCUUGAUCUGAGUAACAAUCAUCUGCAGGAUUCUGGAGGGAAACUGCUCGCUGCUGGACUGAAGAGUCCAAACUGUCAACUCAACAUACUGAGAUUAUCUGACUGUUUGGUGAAAGAGGAAGGUUGUGCUGCUCUGGCAUCAGCUCUGAGUUCAAACCUUUCACACCUGAGAGAGCUUGAUCUGAGUAACAAUGACCUGCGGGAUUCUGGAGUGACACUGCUCGCUUCUGGACUGAAGAGUCCAAAUCAACUCAGCAUACUGAGGUUUGUGUUUUCCAUUAAUUUCGUGAUUGUAAUAAUUACAGACACCCUGACAAGCAACUUUAAGAGGGAAACAUUAUAGGAAACUUCUGUUUUUCCCUUCAUUAGCCUACUACAAAUCUACCUG